AAAUUGAUGAUUAUCAAGUAGCGGUACCAGCAAAAGCAGCCAUGGAAGUGGAGACCAAAAAACCCAAGGUGGGUUUCAUGACCACCAUGGACAGGGAACUGUUUCCAACAAAGAUGCCAAAGAAUAGGUUUGGCAAUGAAAUUGCUCCUUUACGAGGGGCCCCUCACCGAGGGCCAGGCUGCUAUGAAAAUGAAGACAAAACCAGCUUCAUGUACAACAUUGAACACAAGAUCAAUAGUACAAAGGGUUAUACUCUUGGAGCAAGAACAGCCCCAAGAAUUCCCUCUGGUUACAAGUUUGAAACCCCUUGUCCAACUGAAUAUCAGACACAAUGCACAGAACCUCUACAGUUUGUUGAUGAUAAGAAGCCAUUUUUGGUUGGAGCAGAGAGAUUCCCUGUUUACAAACGUGAUAUAGUAGAUGUACUUCCUGGUGCUGGUACAUACGAACAUCAGAUCCCACGGAAUCGCAAGGUACAGUGGCACCAGUCAUUUGGUGGGACGCCCAUCAUGCUCCCUAGUAUCACUAUCAGGAGUACCAUAGACCACAACACAGAAAAGCUAUACAGUACUAAGGAAGAGAAGAAAUACCACAGGAAAUUGGCUUACCUGAAAUUAUACUGGGAUAAAGGACAGUGAUGCAUAGAUAAAGAUUUAAAGAAUUCAAAUCAUGUUAUGAAUUAAUCAGUCACUGUACUACUAUGUGUCAUCAGAGCAAUGAAGAAAAAUUUGCCGGGAAGAGA